AAACGUCACAGUGUGCGUCAAAGUCACAGAAACUUAAAUAAGUCAAUUUAAGAAACUAUUAACUAAAACAUAUCAAAGUUGAACGUUCCUUCUUAACCCAUAGAGAAAUAAAUGUCCCUUUAAUUGUUUGAAAAAGUAUUUUCAAAAUGAGUCUUUGGGUUGACAAACAUCGACCAAAAGAUUUAAUGAAGUUGGAUUAUCAUAAAGACCAAGCAGUCAGAUUAAAAAGUCUCGUACAGCAAAGUGAUUUCCCACAUCUGCUUGUUUACGGCCCCUCGGGAGCCGGCAAAAAAACAAGAAUCAUGUGCUUAUUGCGUGAAUUAUAUGGUUCAGGAGUUGAACGAUUGCGUCAAGAAACAAUGCAUUUCACAACACCUUCGAAUAAAAAAAUCGAAAUCAUGACAGUAAGUAGUAAUUAUCACAUCGAGGUUAAUCCAACGGAUGUUGGAAUUUAUGAUCGGGUUGUUAUUAUGGAUCUUGUUAAGAAUGUUGCACAAACACACCAGAUAGACUCUUCCGGACAACAUGAAUUUAAGGUAGUUAUUUUAAAUGAAGUAGAUGACUUGACAAAAGACGCGCAACAUGCGCUACGUCGUACAAUGGAGAAAUACGUAGCGACCUGUCGGCUUGUUCUCAUAGCCAAUUCAAUUUCUCGUGUCAUUCCAGCUAUCAGAUCCCGCUGUUUAACAAUAAGAGUCCCCGCACCUACAGAGAGUGAAAUUGCAUCUGUACUUCAUACAGUGUGUAAAAAGGAAGGGCUCAAUUUACCACCAGAAUUGGCACUACGAAUCGCUAAAUGUGCAGAUCGUAAUUUAAGGCGUGCUUUAUUAAUGUGUGAGGCAUGUAAAGUGCAACAAUAUCCAUUUACCCCCAAUCAAAAAGUACCAGAACCAGAUUGGCAACAAUUUAUAAGAGAAACCGCCUCUAUGAUUUUAUCAGAACAAUCUCCUAAGAAACUCGGUGAAGUAAGGCAAAAGUUGUAUGAAUUAAUAAUACAUGGUGUGCCACCAGAUAUGAUAUUUUCAGGCCUAUUGAAAGAACUUGUGAGAAAUUGUGAUAUGGCCAUGAAAUGUCAAGUUGCGAGUCAUGCUGCUAUGUUUGAACACAGGAUGCGUUUAGGUAAUAAGGCAAUAUUUCAUCUGGAGGCAUUUGUCGCAAAGUUUAUGGCAAUAUACAAGAAAUUUAUGGAAGAAUCACUGGGUGAUGCAUUCUAGAACUUGAAAAAGGUGUACAUAGUGAAUAUAAACAAAUAUUUUUCUGUGAUUAAUGAUUAUUUCAGGUUUUCAGAAAUUGUUGUACUGUACUCAAAAUUGUUUUUUGAUUGUAUAAGUUGACCAUUUAAUAAAAGUCCAUUUGUA